AUGGAAGCGAAUAGUCUGGCCAAAAUCGCCUCUGCAGAUGGCAUCAUAAAUGAACAGGUGAAGGUCCAGUUUAUCCCAAGCAUUAAUGUCCCUAAAGUACAGCAGAUAGAUGGAGAAGCCAACUGGACUACACCGAUUAUAUCUUACCUUAAGGACGACAUACUCCUUAAGGAGAAGGAAGAAGCACGGAAACUUAGGGCCAAUGGACAAGCAGAAGUUCCAAACCAAUCCUUAUUGAAGAUCAUCAAGACUCGGCUUGAGGGGGCGAAGAGGAUAUGGCCAGAUGAACUACCUAGCGUCCUUUGGGCAUACAGGACAACAGUGAGGACUCCUAUUGGAGAGACUCCUUUUAAGCUAACAUAUGGAAUUGAUGCAGUGAUAACCGCAGAGGUUGGCCUGACUAGCUACAAAGUGGUCCACCAUAAGGAUGAGGAAAAUGAGAAACAACUCCGUCUAAGCUUUAAUCUCAUUAACGAGGUAAGGAUGGAUGUGAAACAAAGAGUGGCACACUACAAGAACCUGAUGACCAAGAACCACAAUAUGUUGGUUUAUAAACCCAGGCAGUUUAGUAUUGGAGACCUCGUCCUAAAAUGGGCGUCCCUAGCUACUAAGGACCAUACUCAUGGAAAGUUAGGACCUAAUUGGGAAGGACCAUACAAAGUCAUCAACUGCAAAAGACAAGGAUCGUACUAUCUAGAAGCCUUAGAUGGAUGA